CGAGAUAUUCAACUUUUUGUUGUGCCGUCCCCAUUGGAGAUUUUUUUCGUUGGGCAAGACGAACACACAACAACACGCACACGUGGCGGCCCGAAAACACGAAAGACGCACGCAAGCACCAUGGGGAAGCCUCAGGGACAAUCCAAGAAGAAGACGUUCGGCCCGCGCGGAGCCGAUGGCCGAGCGGUUUCGAAGAAACCGAAGCCGACGCAGCAACAUGAUCUUCCAUCUCCAGGCGCUGGCGGUGCGCUCUCGGGUGGCCAUGACGGCACGAUUUUGAUGGACGUGGACGAGAGCGAAAAGGACAUUCAAGAAGUGGAAGCAGGAAAAGGAGAAGAAGCGGGCCAUGGAGCAGGAGGGAGAGGAAAAAGAGGCCGAGAACGAUGCGUAGUGAUGUGUGUCUUUUAG